ACGCGACGCGCGGCGACGGCGAGCGCGCGCGCGACGCUCGGAAACUACGGCGGAUUCGUCGAUGGGAAUAAACUCGCGCGCGGGCUGGCGCGAGGCGACGGACGACGACGCGCGGCGACGUUCGCGGAGCGCGCGGGCGGGGCGGUGCGCGCGCCGAGGACGCGAGGCGGACGCGCGACGAAGACGAUGAUGCCGAUCGGUGUCCCGCGCGUGCCGUACAAGACGCCGAACGAGAACAUGUGGCAGUGGGUUGAUAUUUGGAAUUGCUUGUACCGAGAGCGGAUCAUCUGGAUCGGGCAGACGAUCGACGAGGAACUCGGGAACCAACUCGUGGCGACGAUGUUGUUCCUGGACAGCGCGGAUCGAAACAAGCCGAUGUACCUGUACAUCAACAGCGAGGGGGGGCAGAUCGUGCCCACGAUGGCGAUCCUGGACACCAUGAAGCAUCUGAACGCCGAGGUCGGGACGGUGGGGUUCGGAAGCGCGCGCGCGAUGGGCGGUUUACUCUUGGCGAGCGGGGCCAAGGGCAAGCGCGCGGCGCUCCCGAACACGUGCAUCAUGCUUCAUCAUCCCUCCGGCGUCGCCCGCGGUUCGGCUUCGGACGUUCAAAACGAGGGUAAAGAGCUCAUGCGCAUCCGCGGUCAGAUCAACAAGAAGAUCAGCGACAUCACCGAUCACGGCGCCGGUGGCGGAGGAUAUGGAACAGCUGCGCCUGAAUUUGAGGGAUAUCAUCGGAAGGAAGAAUCCGCUCCUCUUGGCGGCGGCGGAUCAAAUUUUUGGCGCUGGAGGGAAGCGGCUGCGACCGGUCUUGGUGUUUCUCGUCGCGCGUGCGACGGCGGAACUGAUGCAUAUGAGCGAUAUUACGGAUAGACAGAGACGGUUGGCGGAGAUUACGGAGAUGAUUCACACGGCGUCGCUCGUGCACGACGACGUGUUGGACGACUGCGAUACGCGUCGCGGCAAGGAAACCAUCCACACGUUGUACGGCGCGCGCGUCGCGAUUUUGGCCGGUGACUUCUUAUUCGCGCAGUCGUCGUGGUUCCUGGCGAACUUGGACAACUUGGAGGUGAUUAAGCUCAUCUCGCAAGUCAUCGCGGAUUUCGCCGACGGGGAAAUUUCUCAGGCGGGCGCGCUAUUCAACUGCGACUUGACCCUGGACGAGUACCUCGAAAAGAGUCACAACAAGACGGCGUCUUUGAUCGCGGCGUCGUGCAAGUCCGCGGCGGUGUUCAGCGAAGUGACCGAGUCGGUCAAGGUUGACAUGUACGAAUACGGUAAGCACCUCGGGUUGGCGUUUCAGGUCGUGGACGAUAUCUUAGACUUUACGCAAUCGGAGGAGCAGUUGGGUAAGCCUCAAGGCCAAGACUUAGCGAGCGGAAACUUGACAGCCCCGACGAUUUUCGCGCUGCGGGCAAAGCCAGAGUUGCGUGCGUUGAUUGAGACGCAGUUUGAGAACGAGGGCGAUCUUCAGAGAGCGAUUGAGAUCGUCAACGAGUUCGGCUUGGAGGAGGCUCAAAAACUGGCGAAGAGAGAGGGCGACAUCGCGCUGGCGUCUCUCAGGCAACUCCCCGAUAGUGAAGCAAAGCGGUCGUUAGUAGGCAUGGUUGGGUACGUUCUCGAGCGUAUCUAUUAA